AUGUUGGUCCCAGACAUAUUGCUAUGGACGGGCCGCCGCACCGAGUCGGUCAACGACUACUCGGGCGUGCUGGUUGCCCUGGAGGACGCCCACGUUCACAGCCACUCGUACCGGACUGGCCGGCGCGCGUUUGAAGCCGCGGCCUCCUGCACCGACGGCCAUGACGAUGUCGAUGUCGAUGGCGACGACGAUGACGGCGGCGGCCGUGGGAAGGCGGGCGACGACCACGAAGGCACGGCCAUGCUUGAGAUGAGCGUGCCCGAGUACAGCAUCCAAGGCCUGCGCAUGGAGGUCCGCAGAGGUGCCAAGGGCGAGAAGUGGACUGCCUAUGAGAUGAAGUCCAAGCUCAUCAACAAGGCCGUCCAGGACAUUGGCAUGGGCAGGUAUAACUGGCAGCUCUUCAUCCUGUGCGGAUUUGGCUGGUUCGCAGACAAUCUCUGGAUGCAGGGCGUGUCUUUGACGCUCCCCUCGCUCUCCGCCGAGUUUGGCAUCUCGGAAAAGUCGGUUCGGUACACGACCUCUGCCCUCUUUUUAGGUCUGUGUCUCGGCAGCUUUUUCUGGGGCUUUGGGUCCGACAUUAUGGGCCGGCGUUUCGCCUUCAACACCACCCUGCUCAUCACCAGCGUCUUUGGCAUCGCCUCGGCCUGGGCCUCGAGCUGGGGGGGGGUUUGCCUCAUGUAUGCUACUCUAGGAUUUGGCGUCGGCGGGAACCUGCCCGUCGACGGGGCCCUGUUCCUCGAGUUCCUUCCUGACGCGUCGUCGUCUCUUCUCACCCUCCUCUCCGUGUGGUGGCCCAUCGGCCAAUUGGUCUCGUCCCUGUUUGCCUGGUUCUUCAUCGCCAACUGGCCAGGGGACCAGGGGUGGAGGCGCUUCGUUCUGACAAUUGGUAUUAUAACCUUUGUCAUGUUCCUCAUCCGCUUCUUCGUCUUCCACCUCUACGAAUCGCCCAAGUUCCUGCUUUCGCGGGGGCGGCAGGCUGAGGCUGUGGCUGUCGUCCAUGGCAUCGCCUUCCGGAACGGAAAGAAGACGUGGCUAACAGAGGAAAUCCUCGACGCUGUCGUCGACGACUCGGCCACUCGCCUUCCCAGGCGCCUGUCGACCACCCGCAUCAUCAAAAGCAGGCUCGCCUCUUUCUCGGCCGAGCGAAUCCGCCCCCUGUUCAGCAGCCGCAAGCUCGGCCUCACUACGGCCAUCAUGUGGUUCUGCUGGGCCACGAUAGGCAUGGGCUACCCCUUGUUCAACGCCUUUCUCCCGCAGUAUCUCUCGCAUGGCGGCGGCGGCAGCAGCAGCCAGGCGCCACCAGCAGCAAACAUGUCAUCACAGCAGCUCACGGUCGAGGCGUACCGCAGCUACGUCAUCACGAGCCUUGUCGGCGUGCCGGGGAGUCUCUUGGCGGCGUAUGCGGUGGACAUGGAGUCGCCGUUCCUAGGCCGGCGCGGCACGCUGGCCAUAUCAACAUUGGUGUCGGCUCUGUUUCUGUCUCUCUUUGCCGAGUACGGCGCGAGAUCCGCGUCGGCGCAGCUGCUCUUCUCGUGCGUCGAGGCGUUUGCGCAGAACAUCAUGUACGGCGUCCUGUACGCCUUCACGCCCGAGAUCUUCCCCGCCCCCGUCAGGGGAGCUGGCACAGGCGUCGCCAGCUUCCUCAACCGCGCCACGGGCCUGUUGGCGCCCAUCAUUGCUGCUACCGUCCCCGGCGACGGCACCACGGGCCCUAUCUACCUGUCGGCCGCCCUAAUCUUGGCUGCCUUUGUCGCCAUGUGUCUCAUUCCCAUCGAGACUAGAGGGAGGCAGAGGCUGUAG